AUGGCGGAGUUGAUGCCAACCGCCAGCAUCACCGUGGCCGAACGAACCAAGAUCGCCAGUGCGUAUAACGCUCAGUACCAGAAGUGGUUCAAGUGGCUCUACGGUUAUAAUGGCUUCCCUUACGACGAGGUUAAGGUCAAUGUUGUUGCAUAUGCCGUCAAGGACAAGAGCCAGCUUCAGGGCUCCACAGAUGGCUACGAGGUCUACACUGAGCUCGAUGCCGACGGUGUUCCUAUGUGCCCUGUCGCUUGUGCUCGUGAUGCUCAUCUCGAUGGUGACUAUAGUAACUGUGAGGCUGGUGCUGGCCGCCACUAUGACCACUCCCUCUGGUUGAAGGAUGGUCUUGAGGGUGGUUUUGGUCAUAACUGGGGUCAGGAGGUUGGUCGUGAGUAUUUCAUGAACAACCUUGACUCUGACAACAUCCACAUUCUUUUGCAUGAGAUGGGUCAUACCUUUGCUCUCGAUGAUUACUGGACCCCUACCGGCAUCACCAAGUUCAUCAUGCUUGCUGGUGCCUCUAUGGAAAUCACUGACUUCGACGGCUGGAUGUACCGCAACUGUUCCAGCAAAUCGAGCACUGAUGCUGCACCUGCUUCAUCCGAAUCAAAGCCUACGACUAACACUGCCGCACCCACAACCAAGACCACUACUCCCAAGCCCAGCACCACCAGCACCAAGGCCAUCACCGCUAAGCUUGCCUCUAGCAAGAAGGCCACUGCUGCCAAGGCUCCCGUCACUCAGGUUACUUCGACCGAAAACGCUGCUAGUGCCGAGGUUGCUGCUUGGGGUCAAUGUGGCGGUAACAACUGGGCUGGUGCCACCAAGUGUGCUUCUGGUACCAAGUGCAUCAAGCAAAACGACUACUACUCUCAGUGUGUUGCGAACUAG